AACCCUCUCACCGCGAAACUUCAUGACUAAACUACUGCCGCUUUCGGCCGUACGAGUCGUAGCUAUGAUCCUAGGUACCUUCAGUAUACUCCUAAUGCCCGUCUCAUAUGCCCACACUAUUAAGGCGAUCAGUCCGGUGUGCACUGUGGCCAUGGCUUACAUUAUACUGAGGGAGAAGCCCACGCCCGCCAUUGUGAUGUCAUUGCUUCCGAUUGUCAUUGGAAUCCUUAUUGCCACUGUCACGGAAGUUCACUUCGACCUCACGGGUAUGUCCACGCUUACGAACAUAUGA